UACAUAGGGAAGGCAUCAAACAGCGUUGGAGGUCAGAAGAUAGACAGACAGUCGGUGCAGAUGCACACUUGAAAAAAUACCAAUUCCAGGAUCGUGUUGCUACGAACGAGUUAACAAACAAUUGUAUAGACGCAUAUUGCAUAUUUUCCACGUCUAGAAAUGGGAAUCAGAAUGACAUAGCGAGGAGAUCCGAUGUGUUUGUUGCUGCUGCUGGGAGUGAUGUGAUAUUGGUUGUGGUCUUGUCAAACCAACGGAUUUUUUUCAGUGUGGCUUUGGGAGUUUGUCGCUAUAUCCGAAACAGCAAUUAUUGAUUGGUCAGGGGCAAUUGUAAUAUGAAAAAAGAGGUGCCAGACACCCUAGGCUUUGUCCCUCAGAAAGACAUUGUUUACAACAAACUUCUGCCUUACGCGGACAGACUAGAUGGAGAGUCCAACCAGAUUCUGGCCAGCAUCAAGGAGAACUUGGGGCGAGCUGUCUACCUCCGAGAACUAUGGCCGGGAUGUAUGUUUUGGACCAGGAGACUUUCUACGUACCUGCGUCUGUACGGUAGGAAGUUCUCCAAGGAGGACCAUGUGCUCUUCAUCAGGCUGUUGUACGAGCUGGUCACCCUCCCCACACUGGAGAUCAGCAUGAUGACCUGCUUCGCACGACUACUCAUCAACCUGCUCAAGAAGAAGGACCUGCUCACCAGAGAGGACUUGGAGUUGCCAUGGAGACCCCUGUACGAGCUCCACGAGAGGAUUCUAUAUUCCAAAACGGAACACCUGGGCCUCAACUGGUUCCCCAGUUGUCUGAGGCCCCGCUCCACUUCUAAGCAUUUAAUGGUUAAGCUAGCCCAGCGGUGCUCUGUGGACGGCCUGCUGAAAGCAGUGGUCAAGCACUGUAGACCGUAUUUCCCCGAGGGUGCUACUCAGGAGAUGCUGGACGAGUGGCGUCCGCUGCUGUGUCCGUUUGACGUCACCAUGCAGCGAGCCGUCAGCUACUUCGAGAACUUCCUGCCCACCACCCUGCCCCCACACCUGCACCACAAGGGCUUCAAGUUGUGGUUCGACGAGCUGAUAGGGCUGUGGAUGUCCGUACAGAACCUCCCCGGAUGGGAAGUGAGUCUGGUCAACCUGUUUGCCCGCCUGGCCAAUGACAACAUCGGCUACGUUGACUGGGACCCCUACAUUCCCAAGAUCUUCACGCGUGUGCUGCGUAGCCUGAACCUGCCAGUGGGCAGCAGCCAGACGGUGUCGCGCUACUCUUCCAACUCCUACGACAUCAACAACGUGGUCAUGUGGAUCGCCGCCCUGCUGGGGGGCCCCAGUAAGACGGCUCAGAGUCAGCUGACCGGCCUGUUCAACAGCAUCAGCUCCUUCCUGCACCCCUCCAACCACGGACGCUGGCUGAUGAAGUUGAUGAAGUUGCUACAGCGGCUGCCGAUGUGUGUUGUGCGGCGUCUCCAUCGCGAGCGUCACCGCAGCCCCUCCUGGCUACCGCCCGUCCCUGAGGAACACCGCCUCACAGAAGAGGACAUCGAUGUGUUUGUGGAGAGCAUGAAGCCCCCGGUGCUGCUGGCCAUGUUCAGCAAGACGGGCAGUAUGGACGCGGCCCAGGCCCUGCAGAACCUGGCCCUCAUGCGGCCCGAACUCGUCAUCCCCCCCGUACUGGAGAAGACGUACCCUGCACUAGAGACCCUGAUUGAGCCGCAUCAGCUGACGGCGACUCUGAGCUGCAUGAUCGGCGUGGCGCGUAGCCUAGUAACGGUGGGCGGGCGCUACCCAGAAGGCCCCACCCACAUGUUGCCCCUCCUCAUGCGGGCGCUGCCCGGAGUGGACCCCAACGACUUCUCCAAGUGCAUGAUCACGUUCCAGUUCAUCGCCACCUUCUCCUCGCUAGUUCCCCUGGUGGACUGUUCCUCUGUGGUGCACGAACGCCAUGACCUCACGCAGGUGGAGAGAGAAAUGUGCUCGGCCUCAGCAGAGUUUGAAGACUUUGUUCUGCAGUUCAUGGACAGGUGUUUUGCGCUGAUCGACAGCAGUUCUGCGGAGGUGACGAGGGAGGAGGUGGAGACGGAGAAGAUGACGCACCUGGAGAGUCUGGUGGAGCUCGGCCUCUCAUCCACCUUCAGCACCAUACUCACACAGUGUAGCAUGGACAUAUUCCAGGUGGCUCUUGAGAAGGUGUUUAACUUCGCCACCACUAACAUCUUCGAGACGCACGUGGCGGGAAGGAUGGUGUCAGACAUGUGCAGAGCGGCCACCAAAUGUCAUCCCCAGGAGGCUCUCAGGUUAUUUGUUCCUCACUGCUGUAAUGCCAUAACUCAGAUCACCGACCAUGAGGAGGUGCUAAAUGAGGAGGAGCUGGAUAAGGAACUGCUGUGGAACCUACAGCUCCUGUCGGAGGUGACCCGUGUGGACGGUGACAAGCUCCUCCCCCACCGCGCCCACCUGUUGCGUACGCUGCGCGUGACGCUGCACCUGAAGUGUAAGCGCGGCUACAGCCUGGCGUGCAACCUGCUGUACCACACACUGAGGGCCACCGCCCUCAUAUACCCCACCGAGUACUGCAGCGUAGCCGGAGGCUUCAGCAGACCACUCAACCAGUACCUGCCCAUCAAGGACUGGGGUCGUCCGGGGGACCUGUGGAACCUUGACAUCCGUUGGCACAUGCCCAGUGCGGAGGGGAGAGCCUUCGUCUUCGAGACGCUCGACCAGCUGCUGAAACCAGAACUGGAACGCCUUCAGAAGCACACACAGGGGACACAGGAUAUGAGCAGGGAUGACGUCCUCCAGAGUCUGUGCAUCGUGCAGCAUUGCCUUCUGGGAGCUGGCAGCCUCCUGCCGCCCCUGCGGGGAGACCCCAUACCUGAACUGAUGCACAGUGUGGUAGCUCUGGAUGAAACCCGCCUGUACACAGGAGUAGAGUACGACAGGUCAAGAGAAAACUAUCGGGAGACCAUCUGUACCGUCAUGAGGCAGCUACUGAACCACAUUCUGCAACAUUCAGAAGACGACACCAAAUCGUUGUUUGCCAUCAUCAAGAUCAUAAGUGACCUUCUGCAGUUUAAGGGGACUCACAAGCACGAGUUCGACACCCGCUGGAAGAGCUUCACCCUCGUCAAGAAGUCCAUGGAGAACCGGCUCCAUGGCAGUAAGCAGCAUAUUCGCGCCCUGCUGAUCGACAGGGUGAUGCUACAACAUGAGCUGCGUAACCUGACGGUUGAGGGCUGUGAGUACCGGAGUGUUCAUCGAGAUCUGCUCAGGGACAUCCUCAGACUGUCAACUAGUGCCUACAGCCAGGUGCGUAGUAAAGCUCAGAGUGUUCUCUUCUCUGCGUUGAGCACGUACAACUUCUGCUGUCGAGACCUGAUCCCCAGAGUGCUGGAGCUACUGGAACCACAACGCACAGACGUCACGCAGCAACAGUUUAAGGGUGCGCUGUACUGCCUGCUGGGGAACCACUCAGGUGUGUGCCUGGCCAAUCUGCAGUACUGGGACUGUAUCGGCCUCACCUGGCCGGCCAUCGUGCGUUCGGGUCUCAGCACGGCCAUGUCUCUAGAGAAGCCCUCUAUAGUUCGCCUCUUCGACGACAUCGCAGACAAGAUACACAGACACUACGAGACCAUCGGCAUAGACUUCGCAGUGGCUGAUAGUUGUCGUAGCGUAGCGCUGCAGCUCGUGACGUCCGCGUCGCCCUGCACUGGUAACCCCGCCCCCACGGAGGCGGAGAUAGCAGAGGGGGAGCGGCUACAGGAGGAGAAGAACGCAGACUCACUAAAGAAGUACCAGCUCUUGGUCCAAGACCUGGUAGACUGUGUCAACGACAGAAACCUGCCGUGGAAGUUUGAGCACAUCUCUGUGGGCUUCCUGUCUCUCAUGUUGAGGGAUGACACGCCCCUUCCUGCCAACGCCGUGCUCUACUUCGUCAAGAGCCUAAACCACGACUCACUACUCGUACGCAAGGUGGCGAUCUCAGCAGUGGCGGGCAUCAUGAAGCAGCUGAAGAAACCUCAUAAGAAAGUGCCCAUUAGCCCCAAGGAACUCUGUGGCAUGUGUGUAUCGUCGGAGGAGGGGGUGGCUGGCGAUCGCCCUGACAACCAUUGGCUCCUGUACGACAGCAAGCACCUCCCGCGAUCGCAAGAGGACUGGGACCAGCAGCGCUACGUAGAGAAAACACACUGGGGAUACUACAGCUGGCCACGGAAGUUGAUGGUGUACGCCCCUACAGAGGAACAGCCAAAACUCAGCCUCACCAGAGACGAGAUGCAGGAGAGUGAGCAGAUCAUCUUUGACCACUUCUCGGACGGCGUCUUCGUCUCUCAGCUGAUCCAGUUCCUCUCUCUAGAGGACCGCAAGGGCAGAGACAAGUUCAGCCCCCGACGCUUCUGCCUUUUUAAGGGGCUGUUCCGUAACUAUGGUGACCUCUUCCUCCCGAUGCUCCGCCCCCAUAUGGAGCGUCUGGUGGCCGACACACACGAGAGCACGCAACGCUGCGUUGCCGAGGUGACCGCCGGAAUCAUACGAGGAAGCAAACACUGGAGCUACAGCCAGGUGGAGAAGUUGUGGGCGUGGCUGUGUCCGCUGCUGCGUAAAGCUCUGGACAACAUCACCGUGGAAACCUACGGGGACUGGGGUACCUGCAUCGCCACCGCAUGCGAGAGUAGGGAUCCUCGUAAACUGCACUGGCUGUUUGAGAUGCUGAUGGAGUCACCAGUCAACGGAGAGGGAGGAUCCUUCGUAGACGCCUGUCGUCUGUAUGUUCUCCAGGGAGGUCUUGCUCAGCAGGAGUGGCGAGUGCCGGAGCUUCUUCAUCGGCUGCUUCAAUACCUGGAGCCCAAACUCACCCAGGUCUACAAGAACGUCCGCGAGAGGAUCGGCAGUGUCCUCACCUAUAUCUUCAUGAUUGAUGUCAACAUGCCUCACGUGCGUCCCACCGCCUCCCCGCGCAUCUCAGACUUCACGAAUCGCGUGCUGGCUCAGCUGCGCCCUCUGCUGGAGGCGGAUGAGGAGAUCACCAACCACAUCCUGGAGGGAGGAGGAAAUGACAUCAGCAACCACCUGAUAGAGGGCGGAGGAGGGGAGGGCGACGAACGCACCAACGCCAUCAAGCUGCUCAAGACGGUCCUGAAGUGGCUGAUGACCUGUACUGGUCGCUGUUUCUCCUCCGCCACUACGGAACAGCUGCAGCUGCUGCCCCUGCUCUUCAAGAUUGCUCCGGUGGAGAACGACGACAGCUAUGAUGAGAUGAAGCAGGAUGCUAAGACCUGCCUGGCCCUCAUGUCACAAGGCCUACUCUAUACGGAGGAGAUACCACUAGUACUGGGGGUACUUAAAGAGGUGGCGGGGAGCUCCUCCUGGCAUGCUCGCUACACAGUGUUGACGUAUCUGCAGAUCAUGGUGUUCACCAACCUCUUCACCAUCAUGAGCGAGACGACCGCCGUCACACACACACGAGACAUCGUCAUACAGCUGCUGGAGGACGAACAGUUAGAGGUUCGGGAGAUGGCGGCCACCACGCUGAGCGGCUUCCUCCAGUGUAACUUCCUGUCCAUGGAUGCUGAGAUGCAGGGCCACUUCGAGACGCUCUGCAAGACACGCCUGCCCAAACGCAAGAGGAAGGACUCCGCAGUGGACACCAUCCCCUCCGCAGACCUGGUGCGUCGUCAUGCGGGUGUCCUGGGCCUCAGUGCCUGUAUUCUCUCCAGUCCGUACGACGUCCCCACAUGGAUGCCACAGCUGCUGAUGGACCUCAGUGUGCAUCUCAACGACACACAACCCAUAGAGAUGACGGUGAAGAAGACGUUGUCUAAUUUCCGGCGAACUCACCAUGACAACUGGCAGGAGCACAAGCAGCAGUUCACAGACGACCAGCUGGGGGUGCUCACGGACCUACUGGUGUCCCCAUGCUACUACGCAUAGAGGAGGGCAUGAAGAACCCCAGUGAUAGAAGAAGAGAAAGAGUUGAUUAUAUUUUAAGAGUUGAUUAUAUUUUUGUAAAUAUUUUUCCUGCGUAAAUGACUGAAGAGGAGAGAAGAAGAGGAGGCGGAGCCUCACACACACACACACACACUGCUGGAGCUUCUACCUCACACACACACACACACACACACACACAUAUAUACACACACACACACACACACACACACACACACACACACACACACACACACACACACACACAGCAGCUGCAAUGAUCACACACACCGGUAUUGAUCACACACACACGCACACAUGCGCGCACACACACCAGCA